AUGGUCAAUAAACAUACCCAACACUCUCAACAUACCCGCCUCUCAGUCACUGGACCUGUAGAAUGCCCUUACACUGGCAGAGAUGUCCUUAACACUCCAGCCCUCAACAAAGGUUCUGCAUUUACUAAACAAGAACGCGACCAAUUCGAUCUCCAUGGUCUUCUUCCAGUCCAUAUCAAUACCCUCGAUGAUCAAGUCUCUCGUGCUUAUCAACAAUUCCUUCGUAAUCCCACCGACUUGGCCAAAAAUGCCUUCUGUACCAGUCUUAAAGACCAAAAUGAAGUCCUCUACUAUAAAUUCUUACUCCAACAUAUCUCAGAAGCUUUUGGUAUCAUCUAUACUCCAACUCAAGGUGAAGCAAUUGAAAAUUACUCCCAUGAAUUUAGACGCCCUGAAGGUUGCUUCCUAGAUAUCGACCACCCAGACCAAAUUGAACAACGCUUGGCUCUCUUUGGUCAGCCACAAGAUAUCGAUUACAUUGUCGUAACCGACGGAGAAUCCAUUCUUGGAAUUGGUGACCAGGGUACUGGCGGAAUCGGCAUCUCAGUAGCUAAACUUACCCUCAUGACCCUCUGCGCAGGUAUCCAUCCAGACCGUGUGGUCCCCGUCGUUCUUGAUACUGGAACUGACCGCCAAACUCUUCUUGAUGACCCCCUCUACAUGGGGAAUCGUUUCCGUAGAGUCCGUGGACAAGCAUAUGAUGACUUUAUGGAAAUAUUCGUUCAAUCUGUCAAAAAACUCUUCCCUAAAGCUGUCCUCCAUUUUGAAGACUUUGGUGUUAAAAAUGCACGAAGAAUUCUUCACAAGUAUCAAGAUGUCCUCCCCUGCUUUAAUGAUGAUAUCCAAGGUACAGGUGCGGUUACUCUCUCGGCAAUCACCGCCGCCCUUAAAACCCUCAACACACCAAUCAUCGACACUCGCAUCUUGAUUUUCGGCGCUGGUUCUGCUGGUUUAGGUAUUGCAGAACAAAUCACUGACCAUCUUGUAACAAAGGGUCUUUCAUACAAAGAAGCUUGUUCCCAUAUCUGGCUCAUUGACCGUUUCGGCCUCCUCACAAAGGAAUCAAAGGGUGUCUCCGAGGGACAACUCCCUUAUCUUGUAGAUACUGACCUUGCCCAAGGUAUUAAUACCCUCUCACUAGUCGACAUCAUUGCCAAUUUCCACCCUCAUAUUCUUAUUGGUACCUCCACCCAACCAGGCGCAUUCACAGAGGCUGCAGUCAAGGAAAUGAAUAAACAUGUUGAAAGACCCAUCAUCUUCCCCCUCUCCAAUCCUACCCGUCUUCAUGAAGCCGUCCCCAAAGAUCUACUUGAAUGGACUCAAGGUUCCGCACUUGUAGCCACUGGCUCUCCCUUCCCUCCAGUUUUCAACCGCAUCAUUUCAGAAAACAAUAACUGCUUUUCCUUCCCAGGCAUUGGUCUCGGCGCUGUCUUAUGUCGUGCUUCUCGUAUUACUAAAAAUAUGAUUGCAGCUUCCGUCGAUGCUUUAUCUGCAAUUUCUCCCAUCCUAACUGACCCCAACGGUGGCCUUCUUCCAAACCUUCAUGAUAUUCGUACUGUCUCCCGUACUAUUGCAGUCGCAGUCAUUAAGCAAGCUGUUAAAGAUGGCAUUGCAACUGUCCAAAAUGAAAAGAGUCCAGGAACUGAUGAAUUCAUCCAAAUCCCUACCGAUGACGAGGCUCUUGCCGUCUGGGUCGAAAAUCAAAUGUGGAAACCAGAGUACCGUCCUCUCCAUCAAGUUGAAGAAGAGUAA